AUGGAUUCACAUACAACAUUGACUAGUACCAGAAAACCUAUAAAGCUCACUGAAGAAAGAAAAAGACGACUGAUGAGUCAAAAAUAUGCGUACUCACUUUUAUGUAAUAACCAAAUUGUGCCAUCUCAUAUUUUUGUUGCCAUGGCAAGAGACUCGGAACAUGAGCAAGCAUUGGAAACAUAUGCCAACAUUUAUGGUUGUGAACUUGAUAAUACAAUAAAUUCACUAAAAUAUAUACAAGAAUCUUUAAAAUCAUUAUCAUCAACACCAGAAACAAACGAUGUUUCUACUUUUACUUCAGCUGCUGCUAAUUUCAUACCAAUACCUCCUGAAGUACUUAUUAAAGCACUAAAUCAAGCUAAACUAAUAAAAAUAGAGCUUAGAAAUAGAAGAAACGAAAGAAUUAAAGCUCUUGAGAAUUUACCAGCAAAUUUAUCAAAUGAACCAUUGAAACAACGAUUGGCUUUUGAUGAUGACAACAAACCUGUUUCAAAUCCUAAGCUCAAAGCCAUUCGUAAUAAUGUUUUUCAAUACAGUCCGAUGUAUAAUAAACCACAGAGACUUGAUGAUAUUUUACAAUAUAGACGACCAGAAGAAAAAGUAGAGUACACUUUGUCAUAUAUUCAAAAACGUGAACAAGAUCGUAUACAGAAAAAAAUCAAUAAAAAGAAAGCCAAGAGAAAUAGAUUUUUGUUUCAGAUAAAAGCAACGUAUGCAGAUUAUGUCACAAUAUCUGAGUUAAUGAGGGAUAAAAAACUUGCAUUUGGUAGGGCAGUCUUAAACUAUCAUGCAUCUGUUCAAAAAGAACAACAAAGAAAGCAAGAUAAAUUCCAACGAGAAAGAUUGAAUGCUUUAAAAAACGAUGAUGAAGAGGCAUACAUGAAAUUGAUUGAUGAAACUAAAGACACCAGACUCAGUCAUUUAUUAAAACAAACUGAUCAAUAUCUUGAAAAAUUGGCAAAAGCAGUUUCCACUCAACAAAAUGAACCUUUUAAUAAUAAUUCAACGAUUAACACUCAUUUCGUUCCCAGUACUAUAUUUUCAUCACCAGUUAUUGACGAAGACAAUAUCAUUGAAACAACGGAUGGAAAAAAAAUUGAUUAUUACCAAGUUGCACAUAGGAUAAAAGAAGAAGUGAAGCAACCGUUGAUACUUAAAGGUGGCAUAUUGAAAGAAUAUCAAUUAAAGGGAUUAGAAUGGAUGGUGUCGUUAUAUAAUAAUCGUUUGAAUGGUAUUCUAGCAGAUGAAAUGGGAUUGGGGAAAACAAUUCAAACAAUUUCCUUGAUUACAUGUUUAAUUGAAAAAAAGAAACAAAAUGGACCAUUUCUAAUAAUUGUUCCAUUAUCAACAUUAACAAAUUGGAUAAUGGAAUUGGAAAAAUGGGCACCAGAUGUUAAAAAAAUAGUCUAUAAAGGAGGUCCUAAUGAAAGGAAAAACAUACAACUAAAACAUUUGAAACAUAUUGAUUUUCAAGUAUUUUUAACAACAUAUGAAUAUGUUAUUAGAGAUAAUAAACCAUUGAGUAGAGUGAAUUGGUUGUAUGUAAUAGUUGAUGAGGGCCAUCGUAUGAAGAAUGUCAAUUCUAAGUUAUCCAUGGUGUUGAGCACUAAAUAUAAGUUCAGAUACCGAUUAAUCUUGACUGGCACUCCACUACAAAAUAAUUUACCAGAAUUGUGGUCAUUAUUAAAUUUUGUACUGCCAAAAAUCUUCAAUUCAUUGGAUAGUUUUGAUGAAUGGUUUAAUACACCUUUUGCAAAUACUGGAGGUCAAGAUAAAAUUGCUUUGAAUGAAGAGGAGACACUCUUGAUUAUCCGUCGUCUUCACAAAGUACUUCGGCCUUUUCUUUUACGAAGAUUAAAAAAAGAUGUCGAAUCUGAACUGCCAGAUAAGGUAGAAAGAGUAAUAAAAGUUAAAUUAUCUGCACUUCAGGUCAAACUAUACAAUCAGAUGAAAACACAUGGUGCAAUAUUUGUUAAUAAGGGAGAAAAAGGGGCCUAA